UCAUUUUCCUUAGGAUAGGUAGUUGAGUCUGGGCAAUGAGAAGUUGGGGUACAAGCGGGAAAGUGUCUUUUAGUCGCUGGAAGUCGGGAAUUUACCGUGUCUAGGAAGUUGGAUACAAUUUGAAACAAGGUGUAUGGCUUGAGUGUGGGCAAAUCGUUAACCGAGAGAAUUCAUCCGCAUAUUUUACAGCUAGCGUAGCGCCGGGACAUACCAGCGGAGCGACACUCACUCAGUCGUUCAUUAUAUCGACUAUGUCAACGUGCGGGGAAACUUGCUUUUAUCAUUGAUGUUUAUCAUGAGGAUUUCUCGAUAUAAGACACCGUGAUACUGUCUUCAACACCUAAAAUGGAUCUUACAACGAUUUUAGGUGUCAGACUGUUUGGAGUACUUAUAUUCUUGAUGACGUGCAAUACGACCUCGGCAACAGGUCUACGAAUAUCUAGACCUCCAAAGAAUGAGACAGUGCUGAAAGGCGUUCGGCUCGAAAUGCACUGUAAAGCAAGAGGCCAACUGCCUAUCAAAGUAAAAUGGUAUCACAACGAAAGGGAAAUGAUUCCUGAAACCUCGAACUACAACAUUGCUCGUCAGUCUGGAACGUUACGUUUCUUCAAGGUCAUGGUUGUUGACAGAGGACGGUAUCACUGCAAGGCCUCACAACCUGCCUUGGGGACAUACGUGGUGUCAGAAACCGUCCAUCUCACUGUUCACGCUCCGGUUGAGAUAACAAACAUUUUCCAUGGCAAGAGAGUAGAACCUGUGGGCAAACUGAUCAGGCUCGAGUGUGUGGCAGCUGGGAUUCCCCUUCCUCGAGUUCAGUGGAGGAUUAAUGGGACGUCUAUAACAAAACCAAAUGAGGAACUCGGCAUCAGCUUCAAGACCAAGAAGACCUCUUAUGCAACAGUGAACUCCAUCCUCAAAGUGAGGGUGACCUAUGAUGCAGUGAUCGAGUGUGAAGCCAACAAUGAACCGGUGGGAAUAGGGCUACGCGUUAAGACUAGUCAAACCAAAGUCAAAGUCAUAAAAGUACCAGAGCAAGGAAGAACUAAGGGCGUCUGUGGAGUAUACAAUGGUACAAUAUGUAACAAGACUUUGGCCGGGCGCCGAGUAUUCUACAACAACUCCCUGACCGAUCUCCGGAACGACCCCGAGGCCAUCGUCCGGGCUCUGUGGAAGGAAAUGUUGGAGACUGGGCUGUUUGACCAGUCCUGCCAAGAACCGGCGGAGAAACUCAUGUGUCACUAUGCCUUCAUGGACUGCGAGGAGAAGAAUGGAGAAGUCGUAUACAAGCCGAUCUGCAGGGAAAGUUGUCUGGCUGUGAAGGAUCUGUUCUGCUACCAGCAAUGGACAACCAUUGAUGAGAACAAAAAGAAGGACAUUUUCUUCAAGGAGAGAGGCUAUUUCCGUCUCCCAAACUGUAGCCUGCUGCCCAGCAAGUUCAAGGGCAGCUGUACCAAGGCCAAUCUGUUUGAGAGAGAACCUCAUGAAGUCACAAGUGACUGCUAUGUGGGUUCUGGUCAGUGGUACAAUGGGACGGUCAACACAACAAUAUCCGGCGCCACUUGCCAGCACUGGUCAAUGAACUCACCCCAGAAGCACCAGCGUCCUCCUGAAGUUUUCGUGUCGUUGGAGAACUCGGAGAACUACUGUCGGAACCCAGGUUCCGAGGAGGCCCAGCCAUGGUGCUACACAACGGACAAGUUCAAGAGAUGGGAGUUUUGUGACAUACCCAAGUGUGUUCGAUAUGAAAACAAAACGUCAUCUUUGGAUAAUUUGGAGGAAGAGCCAAAGUUCACCUUCCUGGCCAUCUUCAUCAUCACCAUCGUCUCGUCCGUGGGCAUCCUGGUCCUGGCGCUGAUUGUGGGGCUCUGCUUCAACAUGUUGAUCCAGAACCAUCACAUCAAGUACAAUGCCACGCCCCAGGAGGACCUUGACAUUGACAUUGAGAAACUGCCGCCCAACAUGUCCUACCAUUUGAUGAAGGAGAAGAACCGACUCAACCCCAAACUAGAAAGUCUCGAGUAUCCGCGCAACGACAUCAUAUAUAUCCGUGAUAUAGGACAGGGAGCCUUUGGUCGUGUGUUUAAGGCUAAGGUGCCUAAUUUGUUAGAAAAUGAAGACUGCACAUUGGUUGGUGUUAAAAUGCUUAAAGAAGACGCAUCAGAGGACCUUCAGGCUGAUUUCGAACGCGAAGCAUCUUUGAUGGCGGAGUUUAGCCAUCCCAACAUUGUGAAACUUUUGGGGGUGUGCGCUAUCGGCAAGCCGAUGUGUUUGUUGUUUGAGUACAUGAGUAAAGGCGAUCUGAAUGAGUUUUUAAGACUGUGCAGUCCCGAGCACUUCAUCACUCAGUCUCGCUCUCUGACAGACUGCCAGGAAAUGGCCAAUCUGGACACAGCUGACCAGUUGUACAUCUCCACCCAGAUAGCGGCUGGGAUGGUGUAUUUAUCUCAGAAAGGGUACGUUCAUCGGGAUCUUGCCACUAGAAAUUGUCUCGUGAGUGAUAAUUUGAUUGUGAAAAUUUCAGAUUUCGGGUUGGCGAGGAGUGUUCAUAGUGUUGACUAUUACAAGGGCAGCGACAAUGACGCUAUUCCUAUCCGAUGGAUGCCGUUGGAGGCUAUUCUUUAUAACAAAUUCACUGUGGAGUCGGAUGUGUGGUCAUUCGGUGUUGUACUGUGGGAGAUUUUUUCAUUUGCGUUACAGCCGUACUACGGCAUGACCCAUGAAGAAGUGGUGAAAUAUGUUAAGGAUGGGAAAAUCCUCGCUCAGCCCGAAAGUACUCCUGUCCCUGUUUAUGAGUUAAUUAAAAAUUGUUGGAAUAAAAAACCAUCAAGUCGCCCCUCAUUCCAAUCGCUUCACAAAUCUGUAUGUUCCUUUUAUGAAGAGUGCUCAAAAAAGAAAAACUUGAAAGUGUCGGUCUGAGGUUUGUGAUGGAGGGUAACCAUCACAGACUUUAUCUCAAUCACGAUUGAUGUGAUUUGGACUCGAGGAAUACGUCAUCAUUAUUCCCAACAGAGAACUAAGACUCACUUUGACCUUUGACCAAUCUCAUGAAGACAUAUCAUUUUUCCAGCGCUUCAUCGAAUCAUAUAUAUAAUUUUCAUAUUUCCCAGACGACGUUACCAUGUUACCAUGUGAUUUAUAAGGAGUGUUUGUUCUCUGGAUCCUGACAAGUUGGACAAGAAAUGAACAUUACAUUCAAAUAUUCAUAUAUGGCACCUCAACCGACGACAACUUUGACAGCUUGUGAUAUUUCAUAUAGAGAUAUUGCGGCUUAAUGGCAUUUUAACUAUGAAUACAAUGGCUGAACAUUGAAAUUACAACAAAAUCUCACAUUUUAAAGGAAUACCUACAUAUCUUUACACAUAUUUUUCUCUAAGUUUCUUUUUAUGGUAAUCCCAGAUUGACAUAAAAUGGCUGUCAAAUUUCAUCUUUUGCCAAAGCAUAAUAAUUGUCUUGAGAAAUGAACUUGUGAACAUAAAAGGCUUUGUAGAGUGAUGAAAUAUGGAAAAAAGUUAAAUGCAAAGCAAAUUUAGACUGCCAUUUAUUAAAGUUUGGAAGAAACUGAAAGGUGGGCUAAUGCAUCUACAACAGCUGAGCAACAUGGAGAAUCUAGAGAAUGUGAUUGGUUGAUUCAAAUCCCAUGUGACCAAUAAGGAAGAUUUGGUGAAAUUUGAUUAGCUGCACUAUCUCCUCUUCCCAAGGAAAGGAAGUCUGCAGCAAAUCUUGCUGUGGUUGCUGAGUAUUUUAACUGACCAAUGAGAUAUCUGCAGCCUUGUGUUUGGUUGUAAGAUAUUAGAACUGACCAAUGAGGAAGCUAUAUUUGCCAGGGUGAUAUCCGAGACAGUGACUCUCUACUAAUGAAUUGUGAUUUUGUACAGAUUGUUAUUAAUGUUGUGCCUAUCCGUGUGGAACCGCCUUGGAGUCCAUUUUGUAUUAGUUCAAGGUCAACAACUAAUGAUACCAAAUAUGGCGAUUUCUGUCAGUUGAUGAAAAUGGGAAGAGGAAGAAACAAGGUCUUUUAUUUGGAUACAGAAAACAUAUUUUUGACAAUUGGUAUUUCUUGUAUGUUACCAUGACAUCAGUAGAACUAUAAAGACAGGGUUGGACCAAAGUUGCAUUUAUGGUACCAAACUUCCUUGGCUUUGGUGUAUAAACUGGUUGUUCUCAAGAAACAUCUUAUAUUUACAUUUUCAGUGCUAAAUAAGAUCAAAAUUCAAUUAUGUUCAUUUCAUUAUUUUGAUUGCAGACAUAAUCAGAUCAUAUCCUGUUGUUAAAAUAAAACACAUAUAUAAAAAAUAAAGUUUUUAGGUUUUAUUUACAUGACAAGAAAUAAUUCCUCAAAGAAACAGAGAGCCAGAUCUGUGAUCCAAGUAAUAUGAAAAGUUUGUUUUUAGAAAAGACUAGAAACAGGCUAUAUUCAUCUUAAAAUCACUGGGUGAAGUGUUUCAGCCAACUAUUGGACCUUGCGUUUAUUAGAUAAAGAAUCAGGACUAAUCACUUUACACAAUAAAGAAAUUUCAUUUUGGGCAUCAUUUUGAACAAAGCAUCGACCAUGCUUUGGUGAGAAUUCAUUGUUAUCCAUAAUAGUUAAAAAAUAUUAAGAAAAUUGUUAACACUUGAAUUGUGACAUUUUAUUUCCUUUUAUUUAAUUUUCUUUUCAAUAUUAAAAUGUAACAAUAUUCAGUCAUCUUGGUUCCUAGUAUCUUUGGCACUAGUAAUGCAUCCUCUUUCAACCCUUUCCUUCAGUCUGCAAGCUGCAUUGAGACAGUCUUGUGGUGAUGGAUAUCUGUUUUGACUAUGUCAGAACAAACGAUACCCAACACCCUUGGGAUACUCAACAACCUCGAUACUCAACACCCUCACUAUUGUGUCACAUUGGUCAUCAGUUUUUUUUAAUAUAUUAACGUAUCACAACAAUUAUAGAAACUAAUAAGGUCAAGGUCAAGGUCAAGGUCAAAGAUACUUAUUUUGCCAAUGGAGACUUUCAGCAAUGAAACUCAACAUUGCCUGUUUAGGUUAUUGUGUAAAUAGGAAAUAUUGGUGCUCAACCCUGUCUUUAAUUACGAUCUACAGACCAUGAAUUUCAAAUUCUCAAGAUUUAGUUACAUUGUCAUGUGAAAAAAUAAUAUGCUGCAAAAAGAACUGGAUCAUAAGCAGUUGCCUGUACUCCAAAAGAUUCCAUUUCUGUCACCAUGGUAACAAAUCUUCCCAAUUUCCAGCAGUAAUGAUUGCUCCCUAGAUUUUUGUGUCCACGUUGUUUCCACGACGAUAUGUGCAUGUGCAACAGCUGUACAAUAGCCGCAGUUAGUAUUGCCUUCGUUAUUUAUUAUUUGUAUAUGAACUUAGUGCUGACUUUGAGGACAAAUUUGUGUUCAGUUCAUGUGUCCUAAAAUACAUUUGAAGAGAUGGACCUCUAGAUGCCAGCCUUAUUGUGAGAGCUGUAGACCUGUGUUAGUUGUAUUGUCACGUAUGUUGUGUUCACUUAAACAUACCUGUAAUGUUUGGUAUUACUUAAUUAAACCAAUAUACACUUAA